GGGCCCCUCUGGCUUGUUUAUGGAGUUUGAAGCGGACAGUGCAGUGAAGGUCUGAGCUUUUGUCUCUCUCGUUUUGUUGUUUCGAGAAGCUGAGGGGAUAAGGGGAUAAAUAAAAAGGUUGAGACUUUAGGGGAUUUUGAACUGUUAUUUCUUAUUUUCUGUUUGGUUGGUGGGAAAAUAAUUUUCCGGGAAAAUUUCCAAGUCAUGGGAAAACCGUUCAGGGACUCUCUUAAAGCGCUUCAAGCAGAUAUUCAGCACGCCAAUACUCUGGCACUGGAUUAUCCGAGGGAGAAAGACGGAGCACGUCUUCAGAUGAGACUGUCUUACUGUCAGGCGGCCAACUUUUUCCUCUUUCUAGUCCAGUGGACUGACUGUCACCUCGCCGGAGCACUCGGCUUGCUUCGAAUUCUUAUUUAUACGACUUAUCCAGAUGGAAAGACCACCAUGUCUGUUUAUGAAAGGAAAGCCAGCAUCAGAGAAUUUUAUGCUGUCAUAUUUCCUUCGUUGUUGCAACUUCAAAGGGGAAUCACAGAUGUGGAGGAGAGGAAACAGAAAGAGAUUUGCACAGCCAGAUACAAAAGAAGGGAUGAAUCUGAGAGGGGAAAACUCUCUGAAAUUGACAUCGAAAGAGAAGAAGAGUGUGGAAUUUGCAUGGAGGUGAACAGAAAAGUCGUGUUGCCUAACUGCAGUCACUCAUUGUGUUUGAAGUGUUAUCGAGACUGGCAUGGUAGGUCUCAGUCAUGCCCCUUUUGUCGCGAUAGUCUCAAAAGAAUCAACUCAGGUGACCUUUGGAUCUACACUGAGAAAUGCGAUGCUCUCGAUUUAUCAUCAAUCUUAAGGGAGGACCGUAAGAGACUGUUUAUGUACGUUGAAAAACUGCCUCUUAUUGUGCCGGAUCCUGUUUUUCUACCCUAUGAUUCUUAUGUGCGGUGAGGUUCGUCUACAUCUUGCAUUCAGGAACUGUGUAUAUAACAAGCCUUGCCCUACUGUAAUUUAAAACCUGUUAACAUGUAAAUGCACUUUGGCCAUUGUUUUGAUUCGCUUCAAAAGAGUAAGAUGUAUUUUGUUCGUGUCA